CAACAAAAUAGCUAAUUAAGUAUAAAAUAUUUCGAAGAAAAUUAUGAUUUUAAACAACAAUUUUUAUUUAAUUUUAAUUUUAUUGAAUGUUUUAAUUAAUUUUAAUUUUGGUAGUGCGCUAACAUGCAUUAAUUGCAAUUCUAACGUCUCUUUAAAUUGUGCUGAAGAACCUUCAGAAGUUAAUAGUAUUGAAACAUGUGGUACAUUACAAGACAGUUGUAUAACAGCGAUUUUAUCAAAUAAUCAUACAUAUCGCGGUUGUAAACCAGCAAAUUUAGAAUUUCAACAACCAUACGAAUCGUGUAUAACAAAUAGUUGUAAUAAUAAGGAAUUUCCAUCAAAUAGAUUAAAAUGUAUUAAAUGUGCUGGGGCAAAUUGUGUAUUACCUAAUAUAUUAAUUAAAUCAAAAACAUGCAUUAAAUAUAAGCAAAAUGAUCUUUGCUAUACGAGUAUAGUAAACAAUACUUACGGAUAUCGUGGAUGUGUAAGUGAAAUUAAUGAUACGUCAAUAGAAAAUAUUGAAGUAUGCGGAACAAAUGGUUGUAAUAAUGAAACUGGUAUAAUAGAAAUUAAAUGUGGCCAAUGUGAUUCAUUAACUCAUAAGGAUUGUGUAAGAUCAGAAAUAAUUUCUAAGAAUAUUAGUAAUACUGGAGAAUGUAAAACGAAUAUAUUACGAGGUCAAAAUAUUCCUGCAUGUUUUACAUAUCAUCGAUUGGAUCGUGUUAUAAGGGAUUGUUAUAUAAAUAAAGAUAGAUAUAGAAAUCUAGUAGAAGAUUUUAUAACAACAUGUUCUAGUGAUUAUUGCAAUAAAAAAUCUUUACCAAUAUUAAAAUGUGUUACAUGUGGUGAAAAUACUUCCGAUCCAGAUUGUAUAUUGAAUAAAAUUGAAAAUUGUAAAAAUCAAGAAUCUUCUUGUUAUUCAUGUUCUAAUCUUGGUAAUCGAAAUGAUACAAAACGUGGUUGUGGCUCUAAUCCAUAUAUAAGUAAUUGUUAUCAAUGUCAGGAGAAUGGUUGUAAUAUAAAAACACCAAAAUAUUGUUAUAAAUGCUCUUCACACAUUGAUCCAAAUUGUGCCAAUUUAAAAAAUGUAACAAUUUUACCAAAGGAAAUUUGUGAAACAUCAGAUACAAGUUGUCUUAUAGGAAUUGAUAGUAGUGGAUUUACAAUAAGACAGUGUGCACCAGCGAAUAUCAAUAAAAUGAACUUUAAAGAUUUUGAAAAGUGUUCCGGUCAAUUAUGUAAUGACUAUGUUUUUCCAAUAGAUCAGCAGCAAUGUUUUAUAUGUAAUGGUACAGAUGAAUGCAAUAUCAAACCAAAAUUGGAAUAUCAAAAACCAUGCUCCGUUAUACGAGAAACAAACAAAUGUUAUGAAUUUAAAAGAAAUUCAACAAAUAAUAUUGUAAGAGGUUGCUCCACUGAUUCAAAUUAUAGGGAAUGUACUGAAUAUGGUGAAAAUUGUUUAACAUGUUUAGGAAGAGCAUGUAAUAAUCGUAUAGUAACAUUGAAAGAAUCGAAACUAAGUUGUAAUAAAUGUAUUAGUAAUGUUAAUAAUAAUGGUAAUGAAAAUGAUUGUAGAUGGACGCAAAAUGAGCAUUCAAAUUCAACAAUUUGUUCUAGUUUUAUACCAAUUGAUAAAGAAGAAUUUUGUUAUUAUGUUUUAUAUGAAAAUAAUACACAUGCACGUGGUUGUUCUUGGGAUGAUCAAAUAUGUACGAAUGUAACAAAUAAUAAUUUAUGCAAAAUGUGUAAUGAAAAUAAUUGCAAUAAAGAUGUUUUAAUUGUUCAACAUUGUAUUCAAAAAGAAAAUGUAACGGAUAGUGAAAAGGAUUUAGUAAAAGAACCAUGUCCUUCUAAAGAGCAAUAUUUCAAUAAUCAAGGAUGUUACGUUUAUCGAAACGGAACUCAAAUAACAUGGGGCUGUAUAAGUGAUAUACCUUCAGACCUUUUAACAUAUUGUAAUUUUGAAGAAAGCAAAUGUAAUCUUUGUAAAGGAUCUGAUUGUGACCAAAUGAAAGCUCCAAAUAAAUCGACAAUAUCAACAAUUUUUUCAAAUUUUCCAUUAUUUACUAUAAUAAUAUUGUCAUUUAAAAUGUAUAUGCUUAAAUAUGGUUUUGUAAAUUUUUAAUUACAAUAUUUUGUAGUUUUAUG